UGAACGAACGCAUCUCGAAUUUCCUCAGACUGAAAUCGGGCAUCUUCUGACGGUUGGUCAGAAAAGAAAGUGCAUCAUGAAGACGGUUUUCAUGGUUGCAGAAAAACCGUCUUUGGCCCAGUCCAUCGCAAAGAUUUUAUCUGGAGGUCAGAUGAGUACCAGAAAGGGGUUUAAUGGGGCUUGUUCAAUUCACGAGUACAAGGGAAAGUUUCCCCCGACAGGGGAAUCGGUUUCAUACAAAGUGACAUCGGUGUGUGGACAUGUGUUUGGUCUGGACUUUAUUGGAAAGUACAACAGCUGGGAUAGAGUUGACCCUGUAGAAUUAUUUACUGCACCAACUACGAAGAAAGAGGCAACAGAAAAGUUACGCAUGCCAAGUUUCUUAGAAAAAGAGGCGAGAGGCUCUGAUUACUUGGUUUUAUGGCUUGAUUGUGAUAAAGAAGGAGAAAACAUUUGUUUUGAGGUGAUAGACUGUGUCAAAGCAAGCAUGAACAGAGUGUCAGGACAGGCAGUGUACAGAGCAAAGUUUAGUGCCAUCACAGACAAGGAUAUUAAAAGUGCCAUGUCUAAACUGAUCACUCCCAACAAGAACGAGGCACUGUCUGUGGAUGCCAGACAAGAGUUAGACCUCAGAAUAGGAUGUGCCUUCACUCGCUAUCAGACAAAGUAUUUCCAGGGGAAGUAUGGGGACUUGGACAGCACCCUGAUAUCUUAUGGUCCCUGUCAGACCCCCACCCUGGGCUUCUGUGUGGACAGACACGAUAAAAUACAGUCAUUUAAACCAGAACCUUACUGGGUCAUUCAAGUCAAGUUAACAUUACCAGAAGGUAGAACGGUGGACAUUGACUGGGAAAGAGUGAGGGUGUUUGAUAAAGAGGUGGCUCAGAUGUUUGUUAAUAUGAUCAAAUCAUCAGACUCAGCCAGGGUUCUAAAGGUGACUCAGGAUGUUAAGUCAAAAUCCAGACCUCAGGCAUUGAACACUGUGGAAAUGUUGAGGGCAGCAAGUUCUGGUCUUGGAAUGGGUCCCCAGUAUGCUAUGCAGAUUGCUGAGAAAUUAUAUGUACAGGGCUACAUCAGCUACCCCAGAACUGAGACUACACAGUACCCAGAGAACUUUGAUCUGGUUGGGACACUAAGGCAGCAGUCAUCAAGCUCUGCAUGGGGAGACUUUGUACAGACACUACUCAAAGAAGGAAUACAAAAACCCAAAGCAGGGCUGAUGAUUUCCCCUGACUGUAAGUACCUACAGACCACAGCGUACUUUGAGAUCGGGGCAGAGAGGUUCAGCUGUACAGGUUAUAGGGUCACUGACCCAGGGUUCACGGCCGUCAUGACCUGGAAAUCACUGGAGGAUGAGUGGUUAAUGCCGGAGUUCAAAAAGAACACAGACUACGAGAUAGCUGAGGUAAAGAUGGUGGAGAAGCACACUAACCCCCCUGAUUACCUGACAGAGUCUGAGCUGAUCUCUCUGAUGGAGAAACAUGGCAUCGGUACAGACGCCAGUAUCCCAGUCCACAUUAACAACAUCAGCGAGAGAAACUACGUCACGGUCACGAGUGGGCGGAGACUACAGCCCACAACACUGGGAAUCGUCUUAGUGCAUGGGUACCAAAAGAUUGAUGUUGAGCUGGUAUUGCCCACCAUGAGAUCUGCUGGAUCUGAAUAUUUUCAACUGAAUCUAUACAACUGCCUGAAAACUCUCUCUAUGAUGCAGCUAAUCUUGGUUUUAGAAUAUUUUCAUAUUAUAAAAUGUGGAAAAUGCAGGCGCUUCAUGAAAUACGUACAAGCCAAACCUAGUAGACUUCACUGCUCUAACUGUGAUGAGACAUUCUCACUGCCUCAGAAUGGGAGUAUCAAGUUAUAUAAAGAACUCAAAUGUCCUCUGGAUGACUUUGAAUUAGUUUUGUGGACAACUGGGGCCAAAGGCAAGAGUUUUCCUCUGUGUCCUUACUGCUACAACAACCCCCCGUUCCCUGACAUGCGUAAACAAUUUGGUUGUAACCAGUGUACCCACCCCACUUGUCAGCAUGCCCUGACCCAGCACGGGGUGUGCGAGUGUGUGGAGUGUGAGACAGGCAUACUGGUGCUGGACCCCACUUCUGGACCAAAGUGGAGGAUGGCGUGCAAUAAGUGCCAGGUGGUGAUUAACAUGUUUGAGAAUGCCCACAAAGUGAGUGUGUCUGAGGAGAUCUGUGAUGAUUGCGGGGCUCACAUUGUAGACGUGGAUUUCAAUAAGGACAAGACACCCCUGCCUGGUAAGGAGACCAAACAUUCAGGUUGUGUUUUUUGUGACUCUAUAUUAAAAAACCUAGUGGAGAAACACCAUGCCAUCAUGCGUCGCAGAAGACCAGGAGGUGGGCGGGGCAGAGGUAGAGGAAGGGGGAGGGGUCGGGGAAGAGGUCGACCUAAACCCAAGGACAAAAUGGCCCAGCUGGCUGCCUACUUUGUGUAAUAGUCAUAUAAACAGAACUGAAAAAGUCUUAAAUUUAUUGGCUUAAUGGUGCAAACAAUAAAAAAAAUCACAAUAACAGGACUGAAAAAAAGUUCAAGUUUGAUGAUAUUAUGUUGCAUUGAAUAAAAACUUUUCAUUUCA